GCGGUUAUAAUUGAACAAAUACAUUGCAAGUGCGCUAGCAAUCGAAACUACGAGCAGUAGUUGACGAUUCGCGGCAUUCGGUGAAUCCCAACCUUACUACGAUGCGCGGCUAGGCGUAACGCGCUAAUUGGAGCGUCGUGAGUAAGAACAACCCGUGUGGGUGUUCAUCCCCUUUAAUCCCACUAUUUCUUCCCCGGUUGAAUAGUGCAAAGCAAGAGCACCAUGUCGAAGCUGUACCUACUUCCAAUAUCAGUGUUUUUGCUGUUUAAUUUCACCUUCAUCGGCACAUACAUCGCUGCAGUGCUACAGGGUCAUGUCGUACCGACCGUGCCGUACAUCAGUGAUGCAGCAACCUAUUCACCCGAAAGCUGCGUCUUUGGGCAGUUCAUCAACAUUGGAUGUGUACUGCUCGGAAUCACGAUUUACGUGCGCUAUCGACAGAUACAGGAACUCUCGUACCGGCACAGUGACGUCAGGCAGGCUUUAGGUCGAUGCAGCACUGUCGGGUUCUGGAUUGGCAUCGGUUCCUGUCUUGGUAUCAGCAUCGUCGGCAACUUCCAGGAGACAAACGUACGGAUCGUUCAUUAUGUGGGCGCGUUCCUUAGCUUCGGGCUCGGCACGGUAUACUUCUGGAUACAAUCGUACAUUUCCUACUACAUCCAGCCGUACAUGGGCACGAUGCAGAAAGCGAACCUCCGGAUGGCUUUGUCAGUCGUGUGUACCGUGUUCUUCAUGAUCGUCGCCGUGACGGGCGUCAUCUCGCAUAUCCUGUUCCGUGGUACGGAUCCGCGCAAAUGGUAUCCAUCGGACGGUGGCUGGGAGUAUCAUGUGGCCAGCUCGAUCUCGGAAUGGAUAGUGGCGACCGCUUUCUGCUUCUACGUGCUCACGUUUACCGACGAGUUUCGUACAAUGCAGUUCGACCAUCCACCGCUGAUACUGCUUGAAAUUGAUUCAUCUCGAUCGUACGAACCGGUGAUCAGUGAUACACCGGUGGCCGUUAUCUCGUGAUUUGAAUCGCGGCAAGACGGUGAGCAGGAUGGCAACGUUCAGUCCACUAUGCGAGCAUCAAC